AUGCCGUCGCACGCGGAUCUGGACCUCCAGAUCUCGCAGCUGCGGGAUUGCAAGUUCCUGCCGGAGGCGGAGGUCAAGGCGCUAUGCGAGCAGGCCAAGGCGAUCCUCAUGGAGGAGUGGAACGUGCAGCCCGUGCGCUGCCCCGUCACCGUCUGCGGCGACAUCCACGGCCAGUUCUACGACCUCAUCGAGCUCUUCCGCAUCGGCGGCGACGCGCCCGACACCAACUACCUCUUUAUGGGCGACUACGUCGACCGUGGCUACUACUCAGUGGAGACUGUGUCGCUGUUAGUGGCUCUAAAAGUACGUUAUAGAGACAGAAUUACAAUAUUGAGAGGAAAUCAUGAGAGCAGACAAAUAACUCAAGUGUAUGGGUUCUAUGACGAAUGCUUGCGGAAAUAUGGAAACGCAAAUGUGUGGAAGUACUUCACAGACUUGUUUGAUUAUUUGCCUCUGACAGCUCUUAUAGAAAACCAGAUCUUCUGCCUACAUGGUGGUCUCUCUCCAUCACUGGAUACAUUGGAUAAUAUCCGUGCCCUUGAUCGCAUACAAGAGGUUCCGCAUGAAGGACCUAUGUGUGAUCUUUUGUGGUCUGACCCGGAUGAUCGAUGUGGGUGGGGAAUUUCACCAAGGGGUGCUGGAUACACAUUUGGCCAAGAUAUUGCACAACAAUUCAACCAUACAAAUGGGCUAAGUCUUAUUUCAAGGGCUCAUCAACUUGUAAUGGAAGGGUUCAAUUGGUGCCAGGAUAAGAACGUUGUGACAGUGUUCAGCGCGCCUAACUACUGCUACCGAUGCGGGAACAUGGCUGCCAUCCUCGAAAUCGGUGAGAACAUGGAUCAGAACUUCCUCCAAUUCGACCCAGCUCCGCGGCAAAUUGAGCCAGACAUGACGCGCAAGACCCCAGAUUACUUUUUGUAA